AAUCCAAUAGUAUAGUUGAUUUCGCGAGGUGUUGUUUUUAUAGUUCACAAAAUGUUUAAGGGUUUCUUAGUAAUUUGUUUGAGUGUAGUAUUUGUAGAAAGUCAUCCGACUAUGUAUCGUAUGAAUGACAACAAUGCCUUAGAACCAGUACUCGUACCUAUUUCUUCAACUGUUAUACCUCUACCAGUGUACAAAUUGACCUAUGGAAUAGAAGCUGGAUCGCCCAACCACAAAAUUAAAAAACCAGAAGGACCAAUUUAUUUAGAAACAGUUCAUACGAAGAAGAAACCAAUACCGUUAACAAAAUCUAAGCCAUCAACUUCACCGUCAUCGACUAAAGUGGCAUAAAUAAUGGAAUAACUGACUAAAACCUGCUAUUAUUGCUAAUAUCAAUAUAUAAAAAUCAAAUAAUUGUUACCAUUUACUGUUGAAUGAUUAUGUAUUAAUUUUCGAAAUUUAUAACAGAUAUAGAAAGAGUUCAAAUUAACAUGUACCUGCCUAAUUGCAAAAUACUAUUAUAAUAUGUUUGUGAGCUUUUCAAGAGUAUAAUAAAAAGAUUUUAAGUUCGAAUUUA